AGAACUUCUUGACCACUAGUGUAUAUAAUUGAUUAAUUUGUGAUGGAUGGACUUGUUAGAUUAUAUGGAAAACUCUGCAGACAUAAAAAAUCAGGACCAUAAAAUAAUGACCAAUUGUGUUCAGGUGCUUCUCAUAACAAGCGGAAAUUCAUUUUUUAUGCUCCCCUCAGUUGAUAAGUUAGAUCUAAGGUCUUAAUUCCUGCAGGUGACUGAAUUGUGUCCUAUGGUGAAUUAACCAGUGUCAGCCACAAUGCCAGCACCAAAGAAAAGCGUUUGUUGGUGUUUUGGAGGGAGACCACCAGAAAUAACAUAUGGCAUCGACGGGGACACGCCCCUCAAGGCCAUGGAGGUGGAGGUGCCCAUGCCAAGUGACGAAAAAGAAAUUGAUGAAAAAUUUGCAGAAAUUGUGGAAGAGUUGGAUGUGGACAAGCCACAUAGAGAUGCUUUGUUUAAUCUUCCACCAGAGAAAAAAUGGCAGCUUUAUUGUAGCAAGAUCCAGGACAGGGGAGACCACUGGCCAGACUAUUACAUAGAGAGGCUGAAUAAUCUGUCAUCCGUUUUCCUAAGUUACAACACUGAAGAAGAAGAGCUGAGAACAAAAACAGUGGACAACUUAAAGACAGCCCUUCGUACACAACCAAUGAGCUUUGUUACACGGUUCAUUGAACAAGAGGGUCUACAGAGCCUGCUGAAGUUUCUGGAGAGUAUGGAUUACAAAACGUGUCAAAGCUCUAUCCAUACCUCUGUUAUAGGCUGUCUUAAAGCUCUCAUGAACAACUCGCAAGGCAGAGCUCAUGUGCUUGCUCAUCCAAACUGCAUCAAUAUCAUUGCUCAAAGCUUAGCAACAGAGAAUAUUAGGACAAAGGUAGCAGUCCUGGAAAUUCUUGGUGCCAUGUGCCUUGUUCCUGGAGGUCACAAGAAGGUACUGGAAGCCAUGCUGCAUUACCAGAAGUUUGCUGCAGAAAGGACCAGAUUCCAGACCUUGAUCAAUGACUUGGACAGAAGUACGGGAAUUUACAAGGAGGAGGUCAACUUGAAAACUGCCAUAAUGUCGUUCAUCAAUGCUGCCCUUAGAUACGGACCGGGAAAGGAACAUCUUGAGUUUCGCUUACAUCUCCGCUAUGAGUUUCUCAUGUUAGGUAUUCAGCCAGUGAUUGAUAAAAUGAGAAAACAGCAUGAAAAUGCCACCUUAGAUAGACAUUUGGAUUUCUUUGAGAUGAAAAGGAAUGAAGAUGAAAGAGAGAUUUCAAAGAGAUUUGAAAAUGUCCAUGUAGACACUAAGAGUGCUUAUUCAAUGUUUGAUCUACUGAGGAAGAAACUAACCAUGACUAGCAGUUACCAGCAUCUCAUGUCCAUACUACAGCAUCUACUCCUCAUGCCAUUUGGUAAUGAUAGCCAUAUUGCUGGGAUGUGGAACUUGACUGACAGACUUGUCCAGCAGGUAGCGCUACAGCAGAAAAAUGGUCAGGAUCCUGACUGUGCUCCAGUAGAAAUGAAUGUCAAACAGAUGAUCAGACAAAUGACAAGUGGUGAGGACAUUAAAAGCUUGCAACAAAAGCUGAGAGAGAUGGAGAGGAGUCAAGAAGAUCUACAGAGCAAAGUAGCCAAGAAAGAGAGAGAUUGUGAAAUAAAGGAACAGGAAAAGGAUGAACUUGCAGAAACAGUUACCAGAAUGAAAGCUAAAUUGGAUCAAGAGAUGGCAACUCAAAAUGAAUUAAAACAGCAAAUAAAUGAACUAAGUCAACAAAUCCAAAAUCUGUCUUCCCAGCUUUGCAGUGAGCGUGGAGAGAGACAGAAGUUGACACAUCUAGUCCAGACAGGCAGCCUACCUGAUGACGCAAAGGUUGGCCUGUCCACUCCCUCACUGAUAGAGCUCAGUGGUGUCAAUUCUUCUGUGAUCAGACCAAGUGUACCUCCACCUCCACCCCCUAUUGGGGCACCACCUCCUCCCCCGCCACCACCUGCUCCAGGUGCCCCUCCACCUCCUCCAAUAGGUGGUAGCACCACUCAGAAAUUCUCAAAUAUACCUCGUCCUAAAAAUCCCAUGAAAUCCCUCAACUGGUCUAAACUUUCAGAGGCAAAACUUGCUGGCACAGUGUGGUCUAGACUUGAUCCUGGAAAACUAUACAAGCAAAUAGACCUGGAGGAUUUUGAAAGGACUUUCUCAGCAUAUCAGAAACAACAGAAUCAUGAGGGAGAAGAUGGGGAGGGCUCCAAUAAAUCUAAGGCUAUGAAGGAACUGUCAGUUAUCGAUGGCCGCAGAGCUCAGAACUGUACAAUCCUGCUGUCCAAACUCAAGAUGACUAAUGAGGAGGUGAUAUCAGCCAUAUUGACCAUGGACAGUGGGGAGGAUCUGCCAAAGGAUAUGUUAGAGCAGCUACUUAAGUUUGUUCCAACCUCAGAGGAGACUCAGAUGUUACUGGAGUACAGUAAGGAGAUAGAUCACAUGGCCAGGGCUGACCGAUUCCUGUAUGAAGCCAGCAGGAUUAAUCAUUAUGAAGGAAGACUUAGUGCUCUCUUUUUCAAAAAGAAAUUCCCAGAAAAAAUGUCAGACAUUAGACCAAAAGUUGAAGCAAUAAAAGGUGCGUCCACUGAACUGAUGAGGAGCCGAAGUCUGAGACAGAUCUUGGAGAUAAUUCUGGCUCUGGGAAACUUCAUGAACAGGGGUCAGCGGGGAAAUGCCUCUGGUUAUAGAAUCAGUAGUCUAGGAAAUUUGAUAGAUACAAAGUCAAGUACCAGCAAACAUGUCACUUUACUUCACUAUCUUGUAGACCUCAUAGAGAAAAAGUUCCCAAGUAUCUUGAAAAUUGACAGCGAACUGGCCAAUGUCCGAAUGGCUGCAAAAGUCAGUAUGUCUGAGUUAGACAAAGAUAUUGGAGACAUUAAAUCAGGUCUUGACAGCAUUGAAAAGGAACUGAAGUUCUUCGAGAAUGCUGGAGAGAUGAACAGUAGAAAAUUUGUGUCCGUUAUGACAAAUUUCCACAAUUUAGCAUCCUACAAUUUCUCCGAGAUGGAGGAAGCAAAGGGAGAAAUCAAGAAAAAGUUUGAUUCAGCAUGUGAAUUCUUCGGUGAGGACCCAGCACAGUACAAACCUGAGGACUUUUUUGGUAUUUUAGACUCCUUCCUGACUUCAAUGUCUGAUGCUAAAGCAGAGAACGAGCGGAUUAAGAAACAGAAGGAAGAGGAGGAGAAAAGACAGGCACUGGAAGAAUCACUGAAGAGAGAACGUGAGAGAUUACGAAGUAAGAGAAGUUCUAGUCCUGCCACCAAGGGAGAUAAGAAGGAACUAUCUAACAAAGGUGAAUUUGAUGAACUUAUAUCAGCCCUGCGGACUGGUGAUGUGUUUGGGGAGGAUCUGGUGAAAAUGAGGAGGAACAGAAAAAGAGGCGGGGGUAAUGUUGUGAAUGGUAGAGAAAGAGGAGGAAAACUGUGAUCUUUAAGUACAUGUAUAUCAGUUUUUACUGCAUAGUAGGCAAAUGACAAGGCAAUUAAAUUUUUCUCCAUUAGACUUGGAUCUUUGUGAAUUUAAAUCACUUACAACCUUGUUUCUAUAAUCAGCAUUAAAUGAAGGGUUCAGAAUUGAUACAUCCAAUCAUGAAGAAAAAUGGGAAAAUCUAUGGCUUGACUUGCUGCUAUACAGUAUUAGAAAUAGUCCCUUUGUAGUAGAAAUCAAGUCUAACUUGUAUUAGAUGAGAGAUUUUGUUUUGCAUUGUAAUGUUGUCAAGUGCUUAAAGCAUCAUUAUGUUAGAAGUUGAUGUGAUAGUCUUCAUUAUGGAGAAAUGGUGAUACAAUGUACUACAUGUGAGUAUGUUCCAGCUGAUUCUUCCUAAUCAAAGCUGGUUUAAUUCUUUUAUUAAUCACAUGAUCAUUCCAAUUUAUUGAGUGCAGAUUGUAUGAGAAUUUAGGUUUGGUAUUAUAUGCAGAUUCAUUAACCAUAUACAGUCCACUAGACUUGGUUGUAUUGUAAAUAUGUGAUUGAGACUUAGUGCUGUAAAAAUUGCAUUUUUUGUUUUUGUAAAAUUUGUAUACAAGGUGCAAUAUUAUUUUUUCGAAAAAUUGUUGGAACAGAUUUAUAUUUUUCCUUGUGAAAGAAUGUAUGAACCAUGAACACUUUGGUAACAGUCAUAUGAUAAUUCAGUGGUGUGUACUUGAUAUAACUUUUUCAAUAAUGUAAGAGUAUUGGUUACUUAUCAGUCAACACUGUAGUCUCUUUGUUUAUUUAUUACCUAGUUCUUUUUUUGCAGUGUUUACAAUGAUGUUUCCAAUGCACAACAGUAUACAGGAUUGAUUUUUUUUUUGGGG